AUGGAUUUAAAUAAUCAUCUGUCGGAGGUCGAUACUACUUUAUCCGAUCUUAAUGAGCAGUCAAUAUCGUUUGAUACACGGCUUAAGUCCGUAGAAAGUCAAGUCUCUAAAGACAACUAUUUAUCUGACAAAUUAGAGGUUAUGGAGACCACACUGGCUGCAAUGGAGCAACAGGCACGUGAUUGUAACAUUGAAAUAUCAAAUUUGCCUGAGCGCCGUGGAGAAAAUCUUGUUACAGUCAUUAUUAAUAUUGGCGUGCUAAUAAACCAGCAAAUCCAACCGUCUGACAUAAUUUUGGCCCAUCGGGUUCCUCAUGUUGGUGAAAACGAUAAACGACCUAAAAUGCCAUAA